GCCACAUCAAGAAAUCUCCUCAUAUAGUUCCGUUAGUAGUCCGCAAUGGGUUUCAUUCCCAUUGCAAAGAUUUACCUUCCAGCCAUUCACAUCACGAUCUAUGACGUGGGGAACCGUACAUACACUCCACCAUGGGGGCCCGUAUCGUUAAUGCAAGGUGAACGAUAGCACGUCCGGCUGGUCUCCGAUGCCAACCAAAACUUUACUCGACUCCACCGGGACCGACAGUCGCCUUAUAAAAAUGCACUUUACACUUCGGCACUCCCACCGAGGGAGACCUAAGGUCUUACUAAACCUAAGGGACUUGAACUUGACCCCUCUUGCUAAUUAAUUAUGGAUCAUAAUCCUUCACACCCGCUGCCAGACGCCGAUUACUACCAUGAUGUAGGCGCAGAAACGCCAUAUAUGGGUCUAGGCCUAGAAACCGGGGCUUUCCCUUCCAGCGUUGCUUCGCCCGAUCCUCUAUUAGGGUCCUCGCGUAGCAGUUACUUCUCUCUAGAUCGUAAAGCUCUCGCGCAGGCUCUUGGCCAGACCCCGGACGAGAGCGGGAGCAGCCAAAUUGAAAUCCAGUUACAGACGCGCGACGUUACCGACCACGGCCGCGAUGAAGUCCUUCCUGAUCCCAUGUUGGAGCUCGUCAGGAGCCGAAGUGUCGCCGGACGCCAUCCCGACGAGGAAACCGGCGGUAACGGAGGGACUUCCCGCCCCGGUUUAUCUCAAGGCAUUCCUCCCGAGCUGCCGAACUUGGCGGCCGAGAUAGUCUUCGUGUUAGUGUGUUCAGCGGGACAACUCAUCUUCGCGCUUACGUACGGUCAUGCGAACAUCGCACAGACAGCGUUGCGCGAUGCUCUAGGCCUUCCGGCCACCCAAACUCCUUGGGUGCUGGGCUCCGCACUAUUAGCCAGCGGACUGUCGGUCAUCGUCGCCGGAUCACUUGCCGAUUUGGCAGCCCCGAGGCCCCUGAUGGUUGGUGCCUUCUUGUGGAGCGCAGCGUGGCAUGCCGUCGCCGCCGGGGCCGUAUCGCCCCGACUCAAGAUCUUGUUUUUCGUCUCCCGUGCUAUGCAAGGGCUCUCGUUAGGGAUUCUCGUGUCUGCGUCCAUGAGCAUUCUCGGCCGCGUCUACAAUCCUGGCGUUCGUAAAACGCGCGUCUUCUCGUUGAUGGCAGCCGGAGCCCCCUUAGGUUUUUGGUUAGGUUGCAUCCAUGGAGGCGCGCUGGCUGCACAUCUGCCAUGGCUCUUUGGAAGCACAGCUAUCUUCCUAGUACUUUGCGCCGUAGCUGCACAGAUGACACUACCGGAUCUCAGCCCCGCGAAAGAUAGCAAUGACGUUGAUGCACCUUCGCUCCGGCAAUUUGACUACCUCGGAGCCGUGCUCUCGUCUGUGGGUUGCGGGCUUGUGCUCUUCGGAUUGACGCAGGGUUCUUCGGCCAAUUGGAGUCCCUAUACAUACUCGCUCAUCGCGGUAGGCCUCUUGAUCUUCGUCGCGUUUGCUUUUGUCGAACGCUCUGUCAAGCGACCUCUAGUCCCGAAUGGCCUGUGGAAAACCCCCGGGUUUGCAGCUCUUCUGCUGGCAUAUUUCCUCGGCUUUGGAGGUUUUACUGGCGCAUGGCAAUUCUACGCCGUCCAAUUCUGGCAGCGCUAUCAAGGCGCCAGUCCUCUCACGGUAGCUCUAUACAUUCUUCCGAACGGUAUUGUCGGCAUAUUGGCAGCCUUCGUCGUGUCUAAGACACUUCACGUGUUCCCGGGGCACUGGAUAUUAACAGCAAGUAUGAUUGCUUUUGCUCUAGGGCCCGCAUUCUUCCUACCGCAGACGCCAUCCACAUCAUAUUGGGCGCUUUCACUACCAGGCGUGGCGCUGGCAACGUUUGGCCCUGACAUGAGCUUUGCGGCAGCCGCCAUCUUUAUUACUUCUAGCGUCCCGAGGUCAUACCAGGGAUCGGCCGGGGCCUUGCUGGUAACAGUACAAAAUUUGACAUCAGCCAUCAUGACGUCGAUCUCGGACUCGAUAGGUGUAAAGGUCGAUCCGCUGCCGACAGGUGAAAUUGGGCUCCAGGGGCUCAAGGCAAUUUGGUGGUUUGGACUUGCUUCCGCCCUAACGGGAGCUCUCAUUACAGCAACCCUGGUGCGGAUACCCAAGGCCGAGGAAAAGGAGCAUGUACAGUAAAGAAUUAAGAUAACGUGGGCACGUAUAUGGGUUACAAGGAAUGUUUGUUAAAUAUAUGGGCAAUGUUAGGUACUGGUACUUAUCUAAGAGUUAUAACAGGAAUAUGCGUUAGGUAGAUAAAAGCUGGGAGGACUUAGAAUGAAUUAACUUGGCGGUGAGUAUUUAGGCGUUAGAUGAGGAGUCUAGGGUUCAUUAUCCAGGGAGCGAAUAAAAAUUAUCUUGAUCUUAUCCUAAAAUGACUCCAUAGACUACCU